UCUUCCGCCUUGACGCUGAAAUAACAGAGACGACACAAAGUUGAACACCCACCUUCUUCCCGCCUACAAAAAUGUUAAAAAAACCCUAGCGAGACGCUCCAAAAUCAAGAGGGAAACUUAAAAAGGCCAAAAUCUUUUGGAACUCAGCGUGAGUAGAGCGAAGAUCAAUGGCAAGAAGAAGAAAUCUCAGGCUCCCAAGCUCAUCCGACGAAGACGAAGAAACUCCAAAUCCCCAAACCCUAAACCCUAACCCUAGCCCUUACCCUAACCCCUCAUCUCCUCCUCCUUCCCCUCCUCUCGAGAUCUCCGACGACGAAGACGCCGAGUUUGCAGACGUACCCGACGCCUUCUCCGAUCCCUCUCCUCCAAGCCCUAACCCUAGCCUCAAUUCCCCUAAUCCUAGCCCGAAUCCUGACCCUAACCUUAGCCCGAAUCCGAAUCCUAACCCUAACCCUAACCCUAACCCUAGUGUCGAUCCGAUUGACGAGCUGCUUCAGAGAUUAGGGCUGAGAUUGAGGAGAGAAUGGCUGGAGUCUUGUGUUAGUGGGUUGGAUAGGUCCGGGUUGGGAUUUGAGAGGAUGGGGGUUAGUGAAAAGGCGAAGCUUUGCUUUGAGCAGUUUUUGUUUUCGGAUAUGAGUUAUUGUGGUGCUGGGAUUUUGCCGGCGAAUGUGAGUGGAAUGCAUAAGGUCGAGCUUGAGGGGCCCUUCGUUCUCCAGAUUGAUGAAGUAAUCAAUAUAGCUGUACCUCUCCGAGAAAGGUAUCACAGGGCACAUGCUGGAACUAAGAGGUGCUUAAAACUCUCGUUAACAGAUGGUAUUCAACGGGUGUUUGGCAUGGAAUACAGGCCAAUCAAAGAUCUAGAUGUCAUUGGACCUGCCGGACUAAAGAUAAUUGUUCGUAACAUACAUAUACGGAGAGGACUUUUAAUGCUUGUCCCAGAAGUUUUGGAGGUUCUUGGAGGGCUUGUUGAAGAUUUAGAAGCAGCACGUGAGAGGCUUGUUCAUGAAAUAGAUAAGCCACCACGAGGCAAAAGAAGGAAGCAAGGCAAUGAAGCAGUUCCUUUGGCCCAAAGAGCAUCUCUUGCAGCUUGGCCAUCUGCCACUGCUGAUAGUGGUGCUGGGCAACUGAAUUUUGCAGUGCCACUGAAUUCAAAUAACCCACAGACAACAGCUCAAGCUGCUACUUUGUCAUCCUCAAGGAGUAUCAAUGAAGCUAGCAUACUUGAAGAAUUUGAUGAUCAAUAUAUUGGUGGAAACAUUGCGGCAGAAUUGGCUGCUCAAGGCCUUGUAGAAAGGACCACAGAAGAGGUUAUUGCUCCCCAGUCAAGUGCCCACAUUGUAAAUGAAUCUUCUCCCCUCAGAAGCAAAGAGAUCAUAGCUGCUACCUUUGCCUCCUCUAGUGGUGUUAUUGAGGUGAAUACAGUUGCAGAUUAUGAUGAUCCUACUAUUGGGUUUAACACUAACAAGGAACUGAAUGCUCGAGGUAUGAAUAAGAGCACUGUCAAUGAGUUUGGUACUUCUCAUCAUCAAGGAAGUGGUAUAGAAGAGCCUACAACUAGCAGCGGAAUGGAGAUUGAUCCUGGUACAGUCACUCGAAGUCCACAUGUGGAAGACACCAUUGUGUUGGAUGCGGAAGGCGACAUUGGUGAAUUGGAACAUCCCCUCAUUCUAACUGGGGAUAGAGAACUCCCUUUCACAUAUCUGGCUUGUUUGCUGGCAAAAUGGUCCACACAGGAAGAUCAUGCAACUUCUCUUCAAGGAAAGAUUAAGUGUACGUUGACUGGUGUGAAGGGAUUCCAAUUCAAACAUCGCAGUACAUAUGAACUUCAUGUCUAUGUAGAUGAUGGCAGCCUCAUUUCUGAGGUUGUUAUUGAUCACUAUGUUGUAGAGAAAGGUAUAGGCCACUCUCCGGAAGAGGUUACUGCAGCUUUAUCUUCUUCUGACAAACAGAUCGUAACAGAUAUGAAGGAGACAAUGAAAACAUUCCAACUUUUCUUGGCAAAGUUUGAGGGAACAAUUCUUGUGGAGAUAAAUGAAAAUUCCACUUAUCCUGUUGUCCUUGAGAUGAACCAAGGUUGUUCAUCAUCAGAUGCUUGGAUGCUCCUUCGAAGAUUGAAAAGGUUCACUGUACCUCAGAAUUCGCCACACAGUCAUUUGAAGCCCAUCGAUUUAUCUCCUUGAUUCUACACAGCCUGUUGGCUACGGUAACUUAUGGACCACGAAAUGUCUCAGAACGAUUGUGAAAUUGUUGGCGAGAAGAUUGUCACUUAAAUCUUUGAGAAUUAGCCACUUUUAUGGCAUUUGGAUGCUCAAAUUUGUUUAUUUAUCUUUCAUGAGUGAGUACGUCAUGGAGUGAAGGCUAUAUUUUGGGCUGAAGCCUAUUUGCAUAUGAGGUUACAUGCUCUUUCAAGAGAUUAGAAGAUGCAGGUUUCUGUCAUCAUUAUUCCAAUUUUUUACUUUAUCUUCAAGCGAUAUUGGUAAUCUCCUCAAAGAGGCAGCUGGAGAAAAUUCCUGCAUUGACGACGAGGUGAUUCACUGCAAAAGCACAUAAAGAAGAUUUGAGUUCAAUUCCUUGAAGC